AAUUCUUGCCGCGGCCAGAUAGUAUGGUCCCCAAUUCUUACUUUAGAAGAGAUGCAAAUCCGGAGUCCAUGUCUGGAGCGCUGAAGAUGGAGCACGAUGGCCUCUACUGGGGGCAGCAGCAGCAAAUUGAUCCACUCGGCCAGAACGUCUAUCCUGUGCAGGCAUCUGGAAGUUCUCAAGGAACCAGCAUCCAGUUCUCUCCCUCCCCGUCUUCUUCGACUCAUCUCCAGGCACUCCGGGACUUUAUGUCGCAAGGAAACAGCACCGGCAGUGUUCCACUGUAUUCGCAGCAGCUAGUGCCACUGCCACCCCCGCUCUUGGUUCCACUGGGAGAAGAUCCAUCACACUUCAGCAGGUCUGCAUUGCCGGAUGUUGAUAUGCGCGGUCAAUACCGGGGAGAUGUCUUUGGCAGUGAGAAGACCCCGCACAGAACUCAGCUCCAGCGAGAAAGCCAUAUCCUUGCCGAGCGUCAAAGGCGAGAGGAAAUGAACGAUAAGUUCUCAUCCCUCCGAGCAAUGCUCCCGAAAUCUUCAAAGAAAGACAAAGCGUCCAUAGUCGGGGAUACAAUAAACUACGUUGUGGACCUCGAGAAGACGUUGAAACGACUCCAAGCUUGCAGAGCAAAGAGAAAAGGUUGCCACAUUCCAAAAGAGAAAAGUUUGAAAAGCUCACCAUCAUCCGACCCGAAGUUGGAGGCCUCGAAAACUGACACUGUCCAGAGAUUGCCAGUCCAGGUCGAAGUUCAAGCGCUGGGAGAGCAGGCAGUAGUAAAACUGGUAUGUGGAAAAUCGCCUAAGCUUGUUCUGAGAAUACUGACAGCAUUGGAGCAAUGUAAAGUCGAGGUUCUCCAAUCUAAUGUCACCACCCUGGGAGAUAUUGCUGUUCAUUUCUUCACAAUAGAGCUCACUCCCGGUGUGAGUGCCACAACCGAAGAGCUCAUCGCAGCUUUAGAAGCAGCUGCUGCUGCAAUGAACUCCUCAACAUCCUGACCUGAUUGUUCUGGCACCAUAUAACAUGUUCAUGAUCGCGGUGCCCGUCACCACAUUCGAUUCCACCUUCAAGAGUUCUCACAAUUCCCCAUGAUUCAUUCAAGUGAGCUGCCAAAAAUACACGCAUUAAGAAUACGAACAUAAGUUAUCCUGCUCG